CUGCUGGAGACCGGCGCCAACAACCUGCUCUGCGACUUCACCGCCGACUGGCCCGCGUGGUCGUCGCGCUGCCGCGAGCAGGGCCGCUCGGUGCGGCGCAACAUGUCGCCGCAGUUCGUGGCGUCGGCCACGCCGGACGAGGUGUUCGAGACCGCUGGGCAGAUGGUGGCCGAGGGGGCGGACCUGCCCGGCUUCAUCAUCGGCACCGCGGUGGUCCCCUACGGCACGCCGACCGCGAACCUGCUGGCGGUCCGGAGCGCCUGUACCGCGGACAACGGCGGCUGA